GCAGGACAUCGAUCGCUGCUCACACCCGGCGGGCGCCCGGCGGCGGCCGGAGCCUGCCUUCGGCGCUGCCUCCGCUCUGCCUUCUCGGCGUCUGUCCCGCCACCCCGUCCCGCUGCCUCCAUGACCCGCAGUAGGAAGCAGGCGGCGCUGGAGAGAGGAGCCGGGAAGAUGAACACAGAGGCGGGGAGCGCCGCGGCGGCGGCCGCGGGAGCCCGGGCGGCGACGGCGACGGCGGCAGGGGCAGCCGGCGGCGAACCGGCGGCCGCCGCCUGGGGGCUGGAGGGGGAGGCGGAGAAAGUUGUGUACUCGCGCUCGCAGGUCUCCUUCGCCGGCACCAAGGCGCUGGGCGACGCCCUUAGGCUCUUCAUGCCCAAGUCCACGGAGUUCAUGAGCUCCGACUCGGAGCUGUGGAACUUCCUCUGCAGCCUCAAGCACGAGUUCUCCCCGGUCAUCCUCCGCAGUAAGGACGUCUACGGAUACUCCUCCUGCCGCGCCGUCGUCCCCGACCCGCCGCCGCCCUCGGAGCGGCCCCGCCGCCGCGCCGGCAAGCGGCGCUUCCCGGCCGCCGACGCCAAGCGCCGGGCCGGGGCGGCGGGCGGCAGCGCCAAGCGGCGGCGGCGGCGGCGGCGCCGCAGGAGGGAGCGGGGCAGACAGCGGCCCGCUGCCGGUGGCCCCUGCGCCCAGGAGGAGGAGGCGGCGGCGGAGGCGCCGGGGCCGCUGGGCGAGCAGGCGGACAGCGAGCAGGGCAGCCCGGCGGCGGCGGCGGCCGCCUGGGAGCCGUUCGGCGGCAAGUCGCUGGAGGAGAUCUGGAAGGCGGCCACCCCUCGCCUCACCACGUUCCCCACCAUCCGUGUGCGGGGCAGCAUGUGGAACCGGCGGAGCCUGGCGGCGGCGCGGCGGCGGGCGCAGCGGAUCCUCGGAGUGGAUCUGUCCCCCGUGGUGCGGGUGCGCCGCUUCCCCGUGGCACCGUCCUGAGCCUGCGGGGGCUCCGCUCCCCGCGCCUCACCUUGGCCGCGGUGCGGACAAAGAGACCGGUAUCAGUCACCUGUUUACAUUGCUUUUGUCUGGAUCGUGUUCUGCUGCUGCACUUUAUGGCCCGCUCGGGCGGCGCCGGGCCCCCCGCCGCACGGGGGGCGGCCUGCCGGGCCCCGGCCUCGCCCCAGGGUGGGACCGCCUGACAGGUAUCACGCGUGGGGACCAAGUUCCACUUCCACUUUUUUUUCUCUCCCAUUGGGCUACCUCACUGGUCCAGAAGUCCACCCAAGAAGUUAUUUUCCAAAGGAACUUACUUUCAUGCUUGUAUAAUAAAGCACCAUUUGAUUCUUGCUUUUUUUUUUUUUUUUUUUUCUUUCCCCACCUUCCCCUUUUCCGAUGGAUUAUGUAUGCUUUGUGGUGUUGCACUAGUAUGUGCUCAGGGUAUUUUGAAUCCCAAGCAUUCCCAAGUUUCAGUUUACUCUGAUAAAGGAUGCAUAAAGAAUGGAGGUUCAGGACUUGUGGCUGUUCUUGAUGGUGCAAAAACUUUUUAAAUUUUAAUUUCACGAGUUUAGUGAUAUAUAAAGAUGUAUUGCGCAGUAUAAUUGUUACACUUUUGUAUCUAAAGUAAUUUUUAAAGUUUUCUAGUUGAACUAAGUAUUUGUUUCUAUGGAGCACCUAAAGAUAGAAUCAUCCUGAUAUUUUAUAACCCUGUUUACUUUAGGGAAGCUCAUUUGGUCAACCUAAGUGAACUUAAUAAAAGUCAAAGAACAAA